AUGCAGCCGGACCGAUUUCCAUUACACAACAGCCGCUUCUUCCGGUCCCUCCUUUCCAACAGUUCCCCACCGAAAUGGCUCCUACCAAGAAAGGAGAGAAAAAGAAGGGACGCUCAGCCAUCAAUGAGGUGGUUACUAGAGAGUACACUGUCAACAUCCAUAAGCGCAUCCAUGGAGUGAGCUUCAAGAGAAGAGCUCCUCGCGCUCUCAAGGAGAUCCGCAAGUUUGCCAUGAAGGAGAUGGGAACUCCUGAUGUACGCAUCGACACGCGUCUGAACAAGGCUGUGUGGACCAAAGGCGUCAGGAACGUGCCAUACAGAAUGAGGGUGCGAUUGUCCAGGAAGCGCAAUGAGGAUGAGGACUCCCCAAAUAAACUGUACACGCUGGUCACUUACGUCCCUGUCACCACCUACAAAGGUCUACAGACAGUGAAUGUUGAUGAGAAUUAAAUCUGUCUUCAACACUUGUGGAAUAAAUGUGUAAAAGGAG